GUCUACGGAGCGUGCGCGCUCCCGCUGCUCAGCGACAAGAUGGCGGCGGCCGCCGGAUCAGGCGUCAAAGUUCCUCGCAACUUCCGGCUGUUGGAAGAGCUGGAAGAAGGCCAGAAAGGCGUUGGUGAUGGCACAGUGAGUUGGGGUCUGGAGGACGAUGAGGACAUGACGCUCACACGCUGGAGAGGCAUGAUCAUCGGACCGCCGAGAACAAUCUACGAGAACAGGAUGUACAGCCUGAGGGUGGAAUGUGGACCUAAGUACCCUGAGACGCCUCCUUUCGUCCGAUUUGUGACCAAGAUCAACUUAAAUGGUGUGCAUAACUCAAAUGGCGUGGUUGACAUGCGGGCAGUGUCCUCCCUGGCCAAGUGGCAGAACUCCUACAGCAUCCGCGUGGUUCUGCAGGAGCUCCGACGGCUCAUGAUGUGCAAGGAGAACAUGAAACUGCCCCAGCCUCCGGAGGGACAAAUCUACAGCAACUGAGCGCUGAGCUCACUCCUUCAUCUCCCUCUCAUCCCUCGAUUCUCUUCCAUUCAGUACAUGCGCACACGCACACACAUGCACAUCAGUACACCUACAGAUAGACAGCAUAUUCCUCUUCUUUUCCAAGACUCUUGAAAAGUCCCCUCUCUUAUGUACCAGGCCCCUCCCCCUUUUCGCUGCAGCAGCCAAUGAGCACUCCCCUCCCCGGGAGCUCCCAUUGCACAGAAUAUGUGGGUGCAGGGGUGCGCGCCCCGGGCAGCCAUGCAGACCAGACGAUACGAUACAAAAUACUGUACAUCUUACUAAUCUUCUUUUUUAAAAUCUUUAUUUGUUAUACAUGCAGAUUGUACAAAUAACAUAAAUGAUCUUAUUGAGUGUAA